AGUCACAUGAACACAACCCAGAAAGCAAAAAAGAAGAUCAAGAGAUCAAAUAUGCGGUUUAUGAAAAGGAAUAUGAAAAAGACAAUAAUGGAACUGGGGGACCUUUUUUGUGGAAGGUCUCAGAUCAGCAGAAAAUGACAAGAACUCCUGAUACACCAACCAUACCAGACACAAUAGAUACUACAAUAAAGGAAAAAGAAAAGGAUUAUCCUGAAGAAGACAUUAAAAAAGAAGAUGAAAAGGAAAAAAUAUCAGAUACGACAAAUGUAAAGAAAACUCCUGAUACACCAACCAUACCAGACACAAGAGAUACCACAGUAAUGGAAAACCUCGAGACGAAUGACGAUUUAUUAGUGUUCAACUCUUUUAUAUUCAACAUUGGAAAAGAAUUGAUCAAACGAGAAAAGAUGGAGCAUUUAGAAUAUCUUCUUAACGAAUUAUGGUUUGAACUUAAAUAA